UCAAAAACGGGGGGUUAAAAAUUUUCCAACUGUCGGUUUUUUUUUCUCGGCCGCUCCAUUCCCGGUGGUGUCCUGACAAGUUGCGAAGUGUGUCAAAAAUGAAGAAGUGAAAUAAAAAAAAGACGCUCAUCGUCCAAAAACAACGUCUAUCAAAACGGCAUGUUCGGCCGACUGAUCCAUGCAAGCCAGUGAGUGGAAAAAGCAUUUUUCGCGCAACCCCUCAAAAAACGUCAUCAACGUCGGUAUCGGUGUUUUUCGGUGGCCUCUUCUCACACAGCAAGUGUCUGAUUGUGUUUUUUUUUUUGAGAAGUGAAUGUUUUAGAGCCCUCAGUUUGACACCCGUCAGUCGUCACGGAAGUGAAGAGGAAUCUCCCUUUUUUUAAGGGAAUUAAGAAACCGGAGCAAAUGCACAGGAAAAAAGGUAGUUGAACUGUGAGGUGGGAACAGAAAACAGAAGCCAUUUUAUUGGUGUUCGAGUCUGUUGCUUGCUCUAUCUCACUUCUGCCUGUGUGAUACCAUCUUCUUCGAUAAUUGUAGUGAAUGAUAGCAGUGUGGUGACAUGGUGUUAUACUUUGAGGAUUUAAACAUUAAACAAUUAUGACAGUUGGAAGUUUUUCUGCAAAUAACGAUCCUCAAUGCUAACCGUGAUUUAUUUUGUGUUUUUGUACAAAGUGACGAUCUUAAGCUGUUGAAAUGAAUUGAGUAUUCGUUAUGGAAUAAAUCAGUGUUGCUUCAACAAGUUCAAAGAAAAAGGACAUCUUUCUGGAAAAGAAUCUGCGCAUGAUGGAUGGGUCGCCACCGAAAACCAACCGGAAGGUACGUUUCUCCCUUCCCGAACCGGCGGUACCAGCCGUACCGUCGACCACGCCCGUCCAGAAGCAACGUAUGGCUCACGGAACAAUGCAGUACGUCAAUGGAACGCUCAUCAGUCAGUCGCAGCAGACGACAUCUUCAGCACAAGCGCGUGCCCAUCAAUCGUUGCAGAUAACACCUACCCCGACAUCGGCCACCUCGACGUCGAUUGGUAGCUCGACAGCUUACAAACCAAAGGAACUGAACAAUAAGAUCGUCCUACACCUGCGUCCCUCCGUUAAUUCGAUCGAUAGUGGAAGUGAACUAUCCUCACCGAAAGGAUCACCAGGCGCCUCCACCGAGAGUAAAUCCGCACGUCAGAAGGCUUACCAACAGAAAUCAAGUUCCGGCAAUGGAUGUACCUCCAAUGGUGGUGGAACCGGUGGUUCGGGACGAUCGCUUAAAAGCUUGCCACAAAUAAAUCAAAAAUUUCCCAGCACAGAGGACGUCAACAAUAACGUUGGUGGAGCAAAUCGAUCACGACCGAGUGAAGAUCUCGGCACGAUUGCUGGCGGUCUGUGGAACCAUCCCACAAAGAAACCAACCAUUAUGCUGCGUACAAUCUCCAGCAGCGGUUCUCAGACGCAUCCAUCGAAAGCACCAAUAGUGGCUCGAACGCGAACGAAAUCGGUUGGGAAAUUGCAGGGAAAUGUAGGACCCGGUGGACGACACACGAAGUCACUUAUCUCACCACACCUAGCACCGAUGGAUGGAAUGAUGUUAAGGGUGCAGGAAGCUGCUAACAAAUCGGGUGAAAUGACCGGAACAAACGAGCUGAAAGAUCGGCGUGUGGAUGAAAUCAACGUAUCUAGUAUUAUCCGGCAGACAGGUACAUCGAACGGUAGUAACCAUCGGUCGAUGUACGGGAAAAGUGGACAGUAUCUUGCCGUGCCAGAGUAUACCGACCGGUACGAAGGUAUGGAGACGGCCGUAUCAGCAACGCUUAACGACGAGGAGGAGGAUGAGUUCGAUGACAGUGAACAGGAUGGAAACGGUAGUAAUGGAACAGGAACUGCUGACGAACGGAAUGGAACAUCCCACGAACCGGCGGGGAAUGGUAACGAUCCGCUCAAGGGCAUCGUAGGGGAUGAUGGAAAGUUUCGCUGUGCGAGGGAUACGAACCUUGGACGGGAUCGUAACACUGCCCAGUUUUGGGACUUUGUUGAAAGAUGGCGCACGAAUCGAGCGCUCAAAAAGCUAGAAAGUGCCAACCAUGAACCAAGCGCCCCUGUCAGCACGACGGUACUGAUCGGUUCGGAUCGAGGCAAGGCAGAAACAAAAAGUCCAACACUUAGCUCACGAAUACGUGCCCUCAGGAUGAGUCUUGAGCAGGUACCGACGGUGACGACACUGCUGCGUGCAUCGCGCGAUGCAAACGAGUAUCUGCUGAAGGAAGUGUUCCGAGACAUUCUGGAGAAUGGCAUCUCGAAGGAGAAUCUCAAUUCUACUGAUCGUAGUGGAAGGACGGCCAUCUCGUACAUCUGUUCGACAAAUUUAACCAACUUUUUGGAGCUGUUUUUACAACUGCCCGGCAUCGAUGUCAACAAACCGGACAACGAGGGUAACACACCGUUGCAUUUUGCGGCCCAGGCCGGUCUCUCGGAUGUGGUAAACAUGCUCAUCACCAAAUGUCGCAGCUUGACCAUUGAUCCGAAGAACAAUCUGGGCUUCACGCCACUCAUGAAGGCCGCCCUGCAGGGCAGGACACGGUGUGCCAAGCUGCUGCUCUUUGCUGGGGCAUCGCCAGUCGAAACCGAUACCGGACGAGGAUUUAGGGCGGAACAGUGGGCACGCUUUUGUGGCAGACACACCUGUGCAGAAACGAUAGAACAAUGCGCCCGGGCACGGUUGCUGGACAAAUCGACACCCUGCGGUAGAUGGUCGCACGACAUUAAUCUUCCGGUGGACAAGAAUGCGCUCAAGGCACGCAGCUGCAGCAUUACGCCACAACCAACACAAAACGGUUUUCGCUCCAAGUUCCGCAAAGUAUUUCCGUUCAACUUCAACUCCUCGAAGGACACGAAAGCGGUCAGCAAGGAGGGCGAGGAAAACUACACAAAGGAUCUGGUCAACUAUCUAAAGUCGGCCACGCUGUGCGUGAGUGGACCAGCGCUGUCGGCCAAUCGAAAGAUCAUACAGAGCUUGAUUCGACCGUUGGAAGUGCCAAAACUUGAGGUGACCUAUGCGAACAAUAAUGCGCUCAUCAAAAAGUACGAAGCAUCGAUGGAAUCGAACGGAACGGCGGAACCCGUGCGUCGUAAUUCGGUGGAUGGAAGUACCGGUGAUAGUCGGAAUGCGUCACCGGCCCACUCUCCUACCCCAGUCAGGGCAAAGGUGCGGAACUAAAUGGACAUCAAUCUGCUACUUUUGUGGAUUGCCGAAACUGGCCGAAUCUUUGUACAGGAGAGUUACAAAAAAAUGGGAGAAUUGGCAGUUAAAUUGUUUAAGUGAUAGCAUAGUAACAGGCCGGCAGUUAAUGAACAGGCGCUCUCUAUUCAUCAUGGACCCAUUUUUGGUGCUUUACCUUUACCGGACAAAAUCUCUUCUCCUCAACAGACUGUUGUAGAUCCAUUCUAGUGAGACAGCACUUUGUAUCUGUUUUGUUGUAUUUAAGGUAAAAUAAUAUUAAAAUCGCUUGUGCAAUACACGUUUAGUGUUAAUCCUAGAUGAUAAGUGUUCAACAAACCCAAUUUGGAAGGAUGUUUGAUGUAUCAAAGAAUAAUAGUAAUCGUCAAUGUAAGCAUAAUCUGCUACAUAUAUCCGUAAGCUAAGUGCGCAGUAAGUCUCUGCGAAAGUCGUUCUUAGCAGCGGUAAGCAGUAGUAGAUGCAUUAGAAAAAAGUGGAACAUAUUCAACAGUGUAAUAAAGUAUAUUUUUAACAAUAAUCCAACGCAGAAA